UUUCCUCAAAACACUUCCUGUCCUUGAUAUGAUCUCUGCAGGAACCUGAAUUCUGUCACGUGUACAGAAUGAAGACAGCUUUGAUAUCAAAACAAAAUUAAAACAGACAAAAAUAAAUCUGAAGCGAUGGCAAGGAGGGUUUUAUAUCCUCUCUAUCAGAUUGGGAACCCCCAGUUAAGGGUGUUUCGUCCCAACUUCUUCCUGACCCUCGUGAGACCAGGAAAAGAGCUGCCUCCUGACACUGUACAGUUUCGGAUCCCCAUUGAGAUGACAAAAUGUGAUGUGAAGAACUACCUGGAGAAUAUCUACAACGUGCCCGUGGGCGCAGUGCGGACGAGAAUCCAGUAUGGUACGAACAAGAAGAGGAACCACCUGAACCAGCGCGUGAAGACGCCGGACUACAAAGUGGCAUACGUCCAGCUGUCGCAGCAGCAGACGUUCGAGUUCCCGAACAUCUUCCCCGACAAGGACGAGAAGCCGGCCGAGGGGUCCAUGGAGGAGCUGCAGGACAAGUUCAUGGAGGACGAGAAGCAGCGGCAGAAACCGGACCCCCGGCGCGGCGGCGUCACCGACUGGUUCGGCCUGUGAGCGAAGAGAACGGCUCCCCGCGCGCCCCCCUGCCCGCCGCGCGCGCCCCGGCAGCAGCGUAGCGCAGGACCAGAGUCACGCCCCUCCCCCGGUCUCCUCAGAUGACUCCCACGGACCCGACUCUGCCCUCCGGCCACACGUCAGCUGGUUUGAGUCUGUCGCCGCAGAGCAGCCAAACUCCAAACCGCGUUGUUUAAAAUGUGCUUUUUGUUUGUUUGUUUGUUUCUCUUAAUUCGCUGUAUUACGUGUCUGUGAGAGUCCUGUCCAAAGACUGCGGCUUUGCCUCAGGAGGUAAUGUACCACCUCCAACAAGGGUAACGGAAUUAAAAAGACAAGGGAAAGGACAGCACAGACACAGAGAACAUUAAAGUGAUGCCACUUAACUGCAGUGAAGUGGCAGAAGUCGGUUUCCUCAGGCGGGUGGAAAGUAUUAAUGGAUGCAGGAUGCGUAUGGCAGCUGGAUUAAAAGAAACAAAACUACAAAGUGAAUCUGACAGUUGCCCUUAAUUUUACUGUUACUCAAAGAUCUCAUUUUCUCAAGUAUGAAUGUUGCCUUUACAGAAUGGCAUCUCUAUGACAGUCUCGGUUCGCUAAGCACUGAGAACAGUAAUUAAUAGAUUGCCGUUUUACGUCAGCACCAUUUUCAUACAAUGAUUUCUCUUGUUCUCUACUGUCUCAUGACUGUCGAUGAUGUUUUUGGAAAUAGAAUAAAAAAUUGUAAUGUU